GAUGACGGACCUGAGCAAGAUUCGGCGAUACAUCCCCUCGGCGGUCUACAAGCAAAUUGAGUGUGGCACCCUGACCUAUGUCAAUGAGAUGAGGAACAUCUCCACCAUCUUCAUCAACGGAUCUGGCUUGGACAUUAUGUCCGAGCAAGGGCCAAUGAUUGCACAGGAGCUCAUGUCCUCGGUCCAGCAAUGCUGCUAUGCACAUGAGGGCACAUUGAACAAGUUUCUCAUUGACGACAAGGGCAUGCUCUUUCUCUUGGUCUUCGGACUGCCACCACUGGUGCACACGGAUGAUCCCACACGUGCUGUCUUGGCAUGCUUUGAUAUGGUCAAGGUGUUCAAGAAGCUCCAGCUCUGUGGAAAGUUCGGCGUCACCACGGGGCGGAGCUAUUGUGGUGUCUGUGGGAGUGCACGACGCAUGGAGUACACCGUCUUGGGUGACUGCGUGAAUCUGGCGGCUCGGCUCAUGUCGAAUGCUCCAGCGAACAGCAUCCUUUGCGACGACGCCACACGAAGACGCUCCACCACCGAGAUCAUCUACAACGCCCUGGCUCCGAUCAAAGUCAAGGGCAAGGAAAAGAUGAUUGACAUCUUCCAGCCGGUGAAGAAGGAUUAUAGCAGCAUCAUUGGCCUCAACAAGAAAGGGAUGAUCUCCUUUCCGUGGCAUCAGAAUGCCUUCGGAGGCGUUUCGUCCGGAGGCUUGUCCAGCGCGGAGCUGCAGGAGGGUGUCAUCCGGCUCUGCAGCAUCAAAUCAUGGCAGGGUAUCUCCAAGGCGUCCGAGCUCUUGGGCAGUGGCUUCCGCAAGGAGAUCCACAACGACAAGGCCUUGCCGAUCCCUGCAGAGCCCUCCAUGGCCUCAAAGCCUCCGAAGGGGAGUCCCUUCAAGGAAGGUGGAGUGGUGGUCAUCGAAGGUGCCACUGGCGCUGGGAAGAUCGAGAUCGCAGAACAUGUGGUCGUCCAUUCAAUCCUGACCUUCCGGAUGUUUCCUGUCUUUGGUUGCAUGGGUCCACGCUCUGGGGACAGUUUGCGAAUCGCCUGCGACCUGCUUAGGAGCACCUUGGGGAUCUUCCGGGGCACCUCCAAGACGGCCUUGCCGGAUGAUGACUUCGAGGCCUUGAAGCUAUUGAACUCGCACAAGAAUCGAUGCUUGAACCUCCUCCAGCAGGCACUGAGCAAGUCUGAUCUCAUUUUGGAGAAAGCUGCAGACGCCUUGGCCCUGGCAGUGGAGGUCACCGUGGACUUGCUGACGCAGUUCUCGAAGUCCGACUCGGUUCUGCUGGUGAUGCAGUUCGAGUACGGGACCAGUUUGUUCCCCUCGAAGCUCCAGGAUCAAGAAAUCUUCUGGCAGACGGUGAACACCCUCUACAACGACUUCAUCAAGACACAGACCGCUGAUAGCAAGCCACGGGUGAUGCUUCUCAUGUGCAGAGACGCAAGACCCGAGAAUGCAGCGGUCAAAGCAGCGGAGGGCAGCCAGACCCGGGUCAUUUUGAAAGGUCUCGAAACCCAGGCGAAUGUGGCCGAAUACAUGAGCAGAUGUUUGAACCUGCCUGAAGCGGACUCCAACCUGAUCCCGUCGCCGCUGAGAAACUUCGUCUCAGAUGUCACUCAAAAGAAUCCUUUGUACAUUCGAGAGACCAUUGAUCAGCUGCGUGAACAUCACAUUCAGGUGAAUGAAACCGCAGGAGGAGUGGUGAAGAAUGUCGAGUGUAAGGACAUCGACAAAGUGAACGUCUCCCAAUGGGGACACACCGCCAUGAUCGGGAACACCGUUUGUGCGUUGGAGGCCUUGGAUCCAUUGGAGGCGGCCGUCCUGAAGAUGAGCACGUGUUUUAUGGGGCCCUUCACUUUGGGCGACCUGGCCGCCAGCACUGCGUCCAGGUGGUCGGACUCGACCCACUUUGACUUUCUGCUCCUCUUCCAGGCGAUCCGCAAGCUGCUGGAUCAAAAGAUGUUGGAGGCGGUGGAAGCGCCGGCCGAAGCGAGGAUGAACUUCGUCCGUGCGGAGACCAUCGUGCAGGAGAUCACGGAUGAUGGAAAAGUGCGGGAUAUCAUUACGCAAGUGAAGAAGUCUGAGGCGGAGCAAGAAGCUGAGCGACGGGAACAAGUUCUUCGGAGUCUGCCAGAGUUCAAGCGCGAUGGCCAAUCAGCUGCCGAACAGAAGGCAGUUGAACAGGCUAACGAGCAGCAGGAGAAGGAUGAGGCAGCCAAGGAGUACAAUGUCCACACCAUCGACGAGGCGGAGUUUGAGCACUAUCAGCAGAUAGAAGAUGCUGAGCGUGAGAAGAAGCGAAAGUUGAAAUCGCAGGAGAUGCGGCUGCUCUUCGCUCCUCAUUUGGCGAACACUCAUUAG